CAUCAGUCAUUGAACUGAACUGGCAGCUUGGGCCUUUUCGUUUUUGCUUCAGUCAUUUGCGAUCUUUCGGUUUGACUUACUGUACUUUGUUGCGAUCUUUUGCACCGCAACUCUGGAUCCAUCUGUUCCUCUGAGGUAGCCUCACAAAGUUUGCAAUCGAACAAUCCAAAAGCGAAUAACACCCGCAAGUUUUGGACAGCAAUCUCGAAGAACUAGCAAGCUAUCAUAGAGGAGCAAACAUGGCGACGUCGAGCACCAUGGCGACGUCGAGCGCUUGGAACCUUUUUUCCAGGGGUUUGGCUGCGUUUACACUUCUCCUUCUUACCUCUGUGGCGGUCUCUAAACUGUCGGCUGUGGGCACUGCUAGCGAUGCCCCACAGAAUCAGCACGAAGGACCCGCCCCCACUCCACCCAGCCUCGUCCAAGUUUGGAAGGAGGAAGGAGGCAUCGUUGGCAUUGAAGGGCCAGUUGAUCAAGAUGUGACCUUGAGCCAAGCUGCCCCCAUUCUUCGUGCCAACAAUGGCGACAUCAUUGAAACAAGUGCUGGUGCCAUUAUGGACCAUGUCAUGGAGAUUCGCGCUCAGGCAGCUGCUGCUGCAAUUAAGCCCGGUGAAGGUCCGCCUGGAAGCGUCCGGGACAGCAUUGCGACUGUGGAAGGAAACAUGGCAAUUCUCGAGCAGCUCCGGGCAUUGAUGUCAGGACUUCAAUUGCCCCAAUCUGAUAUAUCGCCUCGUUUCAACGAUCUCAUGGCCGAGGCUGGACCUCAUUUGGAUGCCUUUCUUGAUCAGAUGCCGGAGCUUCUCAGGCUAAUGGAGUUGGGUGCAGAAGUCGAAGCAAUCGAAGAUGGGCAUGCUAAUGAUGGAAGUUGGCACCUGGAAGCUCCUUCUAACAUACGCGGCCGUCGUCGUUUGCUGCUUGAAGGCCAGGACCAGGAUGGCGCUGCUGAAUUGGAUGUGGACUCUGUAGUUGUCACAGUUGAUGCACGAAGUGAAACUCCCAACUCUGGUGGGGCGCCUUUCCAGAGACCUCGUCGAAAGCUGAGCUACAGGCAUCAACAUCGCCAAACUGAAAGGGAGCAUUACUCACGUCGUUUUUCAGGUGACCCAAUGUCCGAAAAGCAUCACGAACACCUUUCGCGACUUCAAGAAGCCCUUCUUGAUCAAGAUCACAGACACUUGGGCAGGGUACUGCAUGCUUAUGGCGAAAUGGCAUUUGGAUCCUCUGCCUCAGCUGGAGAAGGGAGUCAGCAUGAGCGAAGAUUGCAAAGUGCAGCCACCUUGAAAGGAAGACAAUGCAUGCAGUUGACAAAAUGUGCCCAAAGCAUGAGUGUUUAUGAUGUUAUGGUCUACUACUACUUUGAUGACAUUGACAAGCAAUCUGGAGAGAUUGAUGCUGAUGUUAUUCUAUUCAAUGAAUGGAACCUCCAGUUCAUGUACGACGAGAUCAAGAGAAUUUCAACUCACUUGGCAGCCAAUGGAGCCAAUGAAGCAGCAUAUGCUAAUGACGGUACAGCAUGUAACGACCUUCUAAAGUUGUUUCAUAGGAAUGAAGAGAAGCAAGGCGUUCCUCAUUGGGAAGGAGCCACUGUAAGUGAAGUCUGCCAGGCUGAAGGAACUCAAAGAUAUGCGCAACUCCAGGACGUUGCUUCAAAGGUGGGAUCUUGGGCGGCAAUCAAGGCAGCGAAAGAAUUGUUUGAUUGCUCCAAGGACCUAUACAACAGUGAUGCACGAAGUACAAGUGAGCCAUUUGUCUUUGGCACUGUGAAACCUCCAAAGCUUGACACAAAUCAAAUGUUGGUUUACAACCAGAGUGAGCAAUUCUGUUACAAUCAGGGCAAACGACUCUGUAACUACCAAGAGAUCUGCCCCAAUGGCCAAGACCAGGCAACCGCUAGCUUUGUUUCACAGAAAACUAGCGCGGCUGAUCAGUGGAUCCCAUUUGGUGGGGAUGUCGCAGAAUGCGAUCAGGGCAGCGAAAAGCGUGGAUUAUGGGUUCAAGUUGGAACACAAGGCAACUUUGGAGUUUGUAGAAAGCACACGAGGCACACGACGCAGGGGAUCAAUCACGACUGCCCCGCCUGGGGCAAUGGCGCUGUGGCCGGGAGGACACUUGGUACUCCUUGCUGUUCAUCGAGCACUGUUUUACAAAGUGCCCCCGUGGCCAGGAUCGUUUUUACACAAAGUUAUAAGAAAUCUGGAGAUUAUGGAAGCAUCAAGACUUAUUGUGCAGGCAAAGGGAAACGGCUCUGUAAUUAUGAAGAAAUUUGCCCCAGGGGUUACAAUGAAACUAUCGUGGAUUCCCUCCUUCCUUUUUCACCCAAAGGAGGGGUCGAACUUGAUCGUUGGCUUGCAUAUGCCGGUAAUGUUGCCAAUCUGUGUCCAAAUGCAGCCGCUAACGGGCUAUGGGUGCAGGCAGCCCAAACUCCAAGGUGGCCCAAGUGUGCGAAGCACAUUAACAAGCCUGCAGCAGAGGGUGGUAUUGCGGCUCCCUGUCCAGCAUGGGGGGCACAACCUGCCAAUAUAUACAGCCUCGGUGCUGCCUGUUGUGAAAUGCCGGCCACAACCUUUGACCAUCACCCUACAUAUGACUACAUUCACAAAAAUUCAGUGAGCUACAUUUACCAUCGGGAUGAACCAUUUAUCCCUACUAGUGUUUCCAUCACAUGGACUGGGGCAGCACCCUCUAACUACAAGGUCAUGGUAUCAAAUGAAGACAAACACUCCCGUUUCAAGGAGAUUGCUAGUGGAACUGGCUCUGGCACCACUGCUACUCAUACAUUGAAUGUCGUAGAUGGGUAUACAAAGAUCAUGGUUCACUGUACUGGCAGCUGUGACAUUAGUUCAUCAAAUUUUGCCGUGGAUGGAAAAAGUGUCCAGGACUAUCAAGGAGAUUUCAAUGUUGACUUGAUUGUCCCAUCCGGUCUGAAACUCGAUACAUCCGUCCGUGAUCUCAGUGGACAGGUGAAGACUGGGAAUGUUGACCCCUUCUUGUAUGGAAACUUGGAGUAUUCCGCUCCGUAUAUUCGCCGAAUGAUCUUUUUCAUGGCCCAAUCAUACGCCUACAUCUGGGAAAGGCCUGGAGGGAUUAAGACUGAUACAGCUACCUGGCCAGCACCUGCGGGCAAAGCAGUCACAUGGCGUCCGCUCAGCCCUGGAAUUGCUCCCAUAACCACUUUUUCAUCAGCAGACUUCCCACCAGGCAUCUACAACGAUGCUGAUCUUUAUAUGAAGCUUGAAGAGCUUGCCAACAAGGAUGACUCAGCACGUAUGAAUGACCUGAACCACAUUUGGACACAAAUUUACCGCAAUCUCAAUUCUCCAGCCGUCACGUGGACAAACUUUGACGAGUUCAAAACUAGGGUCAAAAAAUUGCGCAAAGUCUUCAGUGGCAUUGAAAAUGGAAUGAAAAUUGUUUUUGGGAACAAACCCUCUGUGGGAUAUCUCUGUGGGGUCAAAGAAGCAGUAGUAAGACCGGUUAGCAAUGGCGGAGGAGGCAGCAAGUUUCCUGGGCGUUGUUGUCUUGAUGCAGGCUAUGAACACCCUGGUGACGAUUGGGGGCGCAAGUAUGAUUGCAACACCCCUUGUACCCGAAAGGCUUCGUUCUUCGCUGGCAUUAGUGAAGAGGCUUGUUCUGCUCAGGGAGGAAAUUGGUGUCCAACACCAGCCGAUUGCUCCACACUGAAGACAUGUGUUCACAAUGAAAUAGUUAGGGCGCGGGCGGACGACAAGACAGCGUAUGUCUCCUUUCUUGAAGCUGGGAAUGUCACGAAUUCCAGGGACCCAAAAGUUUGUGGGAAGGUGCGCCAGUAUUUUGGCUAUGACCCGCUUUUCACCAACGACCAAGAGAUCUGCGACAACAUCAAGCAGCUCCACAACACCCAGAACUUUGAGUUCCUUGAUAGAAAGUUCCAGCCACCUCCAAAACCCCCAACACCUGCUGUAUGUCAAGGUCCUGCUCCAGCUCCCACAAGCGGUAUUCUCUGGCAGGAUCUAGACAGUCCUGUACAAUCCGUCGUGGAAAAGGCCUUGGAGGUCUUCAGAACCGCUGGGGCUAUCUGGAAAAAUGUAAAUGACAUGAUGAGAAAGAUUGCGACCUUCCUGGAGAGUACGAUGGAGUCAGUUUGUAAUGCAGAGUGCCCUGAAGACAUAACUGGUGGCGUCAAGACCGCAUGUGUCAUUGCAAAGAACAUCCUCAUCAUCAUUGUCAUUCUCCUGUACUACGUUCCUUUGGCGAUCCUGGAGCUGUCAGAAGCGGCCUACGAAAAGGUCAUCGAAAUCGGGUUGGCCAAAAUUGAGUCCAUCAUUGGAACCCUUUCGGACGUCAACUCUAUUCCAUUGUUCUCCAACAUGAAAUCUAUGGAUAAGAAUGUCCGGGCGCUUGCCAAGGCACUGGGCCACGGUCGCCGAUUGGAGGCCGACGAGGAACCCCUGCCACCUGCUGCCGCCCCGACUUUUGACGACGAGGAGAAUGGAAACGCAGAAGGAGCCAGCACGAUGGGCGAUGAACCCGCCGCCGCCCCAACUCUUCAGCCGAAGAAUGGAACUUCCAUCCUCGAACAAGCUUUGGACGGCAAGUUGGAACCCAUCUAUGCCUUGGUCAAAUCCCAGCAAGAUGACAAUGAAAAGUUGCGCGCUCAAGUCAAGGAACAGAACGAUUUGAUGAAGAUGAUGUUGCAGGAAUUGACCAACGCGAGGUCCAAGGAGGACGACAAACCGGUCCAAGACGAGUAGAAGAUUGAACGAACGAAACGAAACGAAACGAAACCACGAACGAACGAACGAGAAGAGCGCAAGACGCACGAGGAGCAUUAGUAGAAACGACCAAGACGAGUAGCAUUGGUAGAACUAUUCUGUAAAGUUGAAAGAAGAGACUAGCUUAGCUUCGCUUUAGCAAACUUAACGAAACAUUGUUUCCAAGAAGCUUUAGGUGUCGCAUUGGUCUGUCGCACAGCCGUCAUGGGCGGAGGCUGAAAAGAGAAGCACUGUGGUUGUUGUCGCUUGUUGUUGUUCUUGCACCUGCUUCUAGCCUGGGUGGGGAAAGGAAUCGAAUCGAACCGAACCGUUGAUAGAGCGACUCUCGAAUCUGAUUCGAUUCAUCCAAGACACUGUUGUGUUAUAGGGUAGGGUUCACUUGCUUCAAUGUUCGCUGUGUUGUGCUGGUCAGUUGGAGAUGGGAGCGACGAGGCAAUUCUCUAUACGCAGCAGCACACCCGUGUGACAUUAUUUAUGUAGCAUGCAAAUUAUAGUCAGGAUAGUGUAGCGGCAGUGAUCAGAAGAAGAAGAAGCUCAACUACUAAGCUUGAAGCAACCUGUCCAAAACAUCCUCUUCAAACCGUACUUGAUCAGGGGAAUAGAAUUCAUCAUCCGUAAGCGGAAUGGGGAGUUCAUCAUCAUCAUCAUC